CGUUUGUGUUGAGGCUAAUCUGACGAGAAUGGAAGCGUUGAGGAGGCGUGUGGUUCCAAACAGGAAGAAACUGGGAAAACACGCAUUAAAUACGAUAUCCUCGGACACAGCCUACUAACAGCCUGGGGCAGAUGGUACAAACUACUUUUUCUCCAUGCCGGAGGCCUGUGGACCGUUCCUGGUGUACUCCUUUUAGAUCUGUCCCGCAGUCGGAGGGGCUGUUUGGGGGGGCUGACGCACCAGCAGAAGCACAGGAAGGCGGGGGGCUGUCAUAGCAGCAGGCUAGGCUAGGCUAAGCCUGGCUAAGCGCUGCAGCCCGGAGAAACCUUGAACUUGUGUAAACUUUGUGGAGUACAACACCGGAAGUAGCAUCACCGGAGUGGUUAAACGACAACCACGGACUCCACAGAUGAGACAAAUAUACACAGACGUCUAUUAUUUUUAUAGUUUUUUUUUUUCCUAAAAAGUGUUAGCCUGGCAGCGGACUUAUAGCCAGUUAGCUGUUGAACACAUCCAGGCUCUGGCAGAGGGACGUGAGCGGGAGAAAAUCGCCUCAGUUUGCCCCAUGCACAUCCGCAGAAUGGAUCUAAUUUGCGUUGUUAACCAGUGAAAAGCUAUUGGACGCUAACUAACACAGUGGAUGUUAAUUAAUCACUGAGGUAUCAGCGGAUGAAGAUUGUUUUUUGACACAUAAGAGGGACUUUUUUUCUGUUUUGUCAUAUCGGUUUUUGUGAUAACUUCUGCUUUCCGUUAGUGUGGUUAUCAUGGAGGUAGGGGAGCCUGGCAGCGGCAGCUCGGAGCGGUUACAUAACGCCAGCAGGCCGGUAGAGAAGCUGCUGAACGUCGCCUCCUCUUCAGCCUCCUCAGCCUGGCUCUGACAGCUGUAAACCCCCUCCAGCGCAUACACAGACACACACACACACACUAACAGACUCACAGACGCACAAACAAACACAGACAGACUGACAGCAGGACAGCAGCAUGGAGGUGGUGUGAGGCAUCUGGGAGAUAGAAAACAGCAACGAGAAGGAUCGUUUUGCUGAAGAUGGAGUCCAACCCACUGAUUAACGCGAUGGACCCGUCCAUCACGCUGUGGCAGUUCCUGCUUCAUCUGUUGGAGGACCAGCGGCAGCGUCACCUGAUCUCCUGGACAAGUGAGGACGGCGAGUUCAAGCUGCUAGACGCCGAGGAGGUGGCCCGCCUGUGGGGGCUCCGCAAGAACAAGCACAACAUGAACUACGACAAACUGAGCCGGGCACUGAGAUACUACUACGACAAGAAUAUCAUAAAGAAGGUGAGCGGCCAGAAGUUUGUCUAUAAGUUUGUAAGUCAGCCUGAUCCCUCCCUCCCCGAUGGGAUACGCAGUAUAGAGGAGGGCCAGAGGAGGGACGUCAGCGACUCAAACAACCAAUCAAAAAGCCUUGGGGGCGUGGCACCAACUUGUCCAACAAAGGGUUUGCCCCAGCGCUCGUCACCCAGCAGCUCCCAGAAGAGCUCCAGAAACGACUACAUGAAGUCCGGCCUCUACUCCACCUUCACCAUCCAAUCCCUGCAGGCCUCACCCAAUCCACGGCCAAUCAAAUCAGAGCUCCUCCUGCAACAAGAGCCUGUCCCCAAGGUUGAUCGCACACCGAGAGAGGUGUGUGUGUUACCGGAGUCUAAAUCCUCUCCGUCCGUGGGGAGCGCUGCGGACUCUGUUCUCCAGGUGAUCGUCACUCAGACGUCUCCCUGUCCGACCCCGGCUCUCAGCCCACAGAUACCAGCCAACUCCAAUGGCCAAUCACAGAAUCCUCCUGCUGCUCCGCUGAGCGACCCUCCCCAGAUUUAUCUCACCAACAUGGGGGACCCGUCCACCCUCAUCACUCUCGGAGGGGGCACGGUGAGCCCUGUCCCCCCUCCUCAUGUCUCAAUGGGUACACAGGGCCCACAGCAGGAGGAUUGCGGGGGCCUUACCAACCCCACCAACUUCCCCUCGCACCACCCGCAUGCUGCUCCUCAUCAGUCUCACCCUGCCCCUGUGUUCGUUAUUAUCAACCCACCUCCCAAUCAGCAGCAGCAACAGGUGCCGAUGACGACUGCUGCUCCUCCUCCCUCUGUCGCUCUUCCUCCCACCGCCCGUCCUCCACCCAUCGUCAUCAAGGAGGAGAAUCUGCCGUCAGAGCAGGAGCUGCUGGAGAUGGUGACACUGGAUGGGAAACAGGUGGAGGAGGUUCCUCAGCUGAUCUGUGACUCGGGAGAGCCAGAGCCUCCCCCCACCAUUGUGGAAAGCCCGCCCCCGCCCUGCAUUGAUGCCGGGGUUGGAGUUCAGCAGCCAGCAGAGGAGGGGAGGACAGAGGGUGAGGGCCAGGACACGCUAACAGAUCCAGUCAUCCCCCCGGUGACGACGUCCUCGCCGGUGACCUCUCCAACGGCUUCAUCCUCGGACGCCGUUCCUCCGAAACAAAAGAAGCCACGAGGCCUGGAGCUGCCCUCCUCUCCCUCCCUGCCCCCCGGCCUCUCCCUCGAUAAGGUGAAUGCAGCAGUUAACAGUUUAUUGGCUCCUGGAUCAGCGACCAACACGCUCACCCCGACGGUCAUCACCUCCCACGCUCUGACUCCGGUCCUGUUGACUCCCAGCCCUCUUCCCUCCACCAUCCACUUCUGGAGCACGCUCAGUCCCAUCGCUCCUCGAUCGCCAGCUAAACUUUCCUUCCAGUUUCCCUCUAACGGCAGUAAUCAGAUCCACAUCCCGGCUCUGAGCGUCGACGGCCUCUCCACCCCCGUGGUCCUCUCCCCGGGGCCCCAGAAGCCCUGAGCUCCCCGCCCGCCUGAAGCAGCUCUUCACCGGGCACAACCUCGCCCAAUGAUCUCCUCAACUCCUGGAGGGUCGGAGGAAAAGCCGGAUCUGCACUGACUCUGAAAUGCAUCACUAAAAACCCGACGCCAUGAGAAGUUUAGGCUGCAUCGGCUGACUCUUUUUGGUAGGUGUCAUGGUUUGUGUGGGCCUUUCACUGGUGGACGCGUUCACAGCCGAGGAUCAGUCAGACCCUCCGCUGAUUCUUACACUUUCCAACAGGUGGGAAUCUGCGCUUUGUCCUCCCUCCACCUUCCUGUUUCUUUCAUAGCUUUGUACUCAAACACUAUGACAGCGGGGUUUCGAGAGAACCAGAUGCUUCUCUCGACUUGAACCCGACACGAGGACAUAAACGGCAACUAAAGGCCACGAGAAGACGGAGGGAUGUUUUUCUCUUUUUCUACUAGUGUUUUUUAAACCUGUCGUUGGAUUUCUUUCUAUAAUAUUGUGAGGUCUUUACCUUACGAUGCAAAAGUGCUCUGACGUGACUGUUGUCAAAUAAAACAGCUUAACCUUGAAGAUGGCUUUUAUAGCCGGUCUGCUUACUGAAAACUGACAGCAAACAAAUGUCUGUUUUCAAACGGUUUCUUCAGUGUGUGACGGAGGGGAACCGGAGAAAAGCUGGAGCCGUCUCUUAUUUGAGUUUUUACUAAACAGAAGAUUUGACUUGACGUUUUCUGGGAGUAACUGAUCGCGGACUGGAAGGAGGGUCUCACGAACGUUCACAUGUUUGUGUGUAAAAGGAUCUGCAGUUCCUCAUAAUCUCACAUUUUUUCUGAUGGGAUCUUUUGUUUUUUAAAUUCGAGGUUAUUUAUUUCUGUCUUGUUUUCAAUGCACCUUUCUCUGCAGAUUCCUUAAAGGUUCUUGACUGUUUUUAAAACAGUCUCAUCUUUUUUUCCCUCAUUUUUUAAGCUACCAGGCGACUCUCUCCCAGUUGGAAUUUAAUUUCAGCACCAACACUGACAUUUUAUAAACUCACCUUCUGCUGGAUUUCGUCAGAAACGACUUUCAGAGCCAUUUAAGGGUUGUUGCUUUGCUCUUACUGGCCGAUUUUAAAGGUCACGCCUUUCUCUGGUUCUGCAUGGCCUGUUUUUUUGUUUUUGGUUGUUUAUUGUUUGUUUUGUUUUGAGUGGACUCCUCAGCAGCAUUUCGAACUGACCAAUCACAAAGGAUGAAGAUGACGGUGGACCUGAGGUUUUUCAAAGCCAAGUUCUUUCUCUAUAAAAGUGUCUAAAUGUGACAGAUUGUAUAUUUUCUCACAGAGUUUAAUGUCCAAACUGAACUGAAGUGUCUGUCAGACUUGAUUUAAAGGUUUUACCGAGGACAGAGUCACAUUCCUUUGAUUUUUAAAACAGUGAUAGAUGAGUUUGCGUUACUUAUGAACAACUGCUUAUUGUUUGAAUCUCAGCAGUCAUUCCAGAGAUUUUAUUUGAGCAGCUCUGAAAAAUAAAUGUUUUGUUCCAAAAGCCUUGGAACAAAUCUGCAGUCAUGUUGCCACAAGUUGAAAGAGUCGCAUUUAUUCUCCUGUCAUUGAGAGUGUAGCAUAGCCUUUAAUAUAUUGAAAGCUUUUUCCGUGCAAAAACCAACAACAAAGGACCGAGUUUAAUGACACUCUGUCAUACCGGGGCUUAUGAUUGAAACAUUUCAAAUAAUUUGAUCAAUUUGUGUUUAAUAAAGCACCAAAAACCAUGAAAAACAUAAAUUCUCCAACAUCCAAGUCAAAGUCUACGUCCUCAUUUUGUACAAACAUCAGCACAACAUUUCAAAAUUAAAAAGGCAUUAGAAAAGCAUCAGAUGGUCUUUAGUGUCAACCUUGGAACAAGAUGACUAAGAAAAUGUUUUUUUUCCUUUAUGGCUUAAACGCGUAUUUAAUUGGAUCUCUGAAGACAUCCUUGAUGGCAGGGGCUGAUUUAUCUGUUUAUCUGUGUGUGAAAAAAAAUUUUGUUCUCUGAAAUUUAAAUAAAAACUAAACUUUCAGAUAAAAUACAAAUACACAGGAAGUGGCUCUAACUUUAGUCUUUGUCAGUUUGGUAAAAUUUGCUCUCAGAGUUGAACUUAAACUCCUCGAGGUCAUAAAUAAUCUGACCACAUCAAAUGUCAACGACCUCGUAGUACCAUGUAAUCCCAUCACAACACCUUACUCUCAGACUGCUGCCUUACUUCUGUUUACUGAGUUUCUAAACACAGCCUUCGGUGUUCAGGCUAAUCUCCACUUUCAGACUCUCUCAGCUUUGCUGCUGUAGGCUCAGCCUGCUGGAGGACUUCCCAUGAUGCACUGAGAGUUCCUUCUCCUCUCCCACCUCUUCACUCGCUGCUGCAGAUCGCAACGUUUUCUUUCUUGAUUCUCGGGUGACGUUUACGUCUGCCCCUCCCUCAGCCUGGUGCUUCUGGAGAUCUCUUCAUGUUUAAAAAGAAAAAGAAGUUCUUUCUGCCCUCUGUGUUGCACACAGGGGAUCAGCUGAUUGUUGGGGUUUUCUCUUCAACCCCAUAGACUGUUUUUGAUUUAAUUCCAAUUAAAUAAAAUAAAAUAAAUUUGAAUGAAAAAGGAAGAAAUGAAACCUUUAAAAACUAAAAACUAACACUAAACACUUUCAUUGAUUUAAAAACUAAACUCAAACAAACUAAAAUUGAACUGAAACCUGAUUAACGAUUAAACAUAACUGUGUUAAAUGUUGUCCCGUCAGUUCUUACAGUUGGAUUUGAGAUUAUUCAAAGAUGAGCAUCCUCUAAUCUUCAGGGCACCGCAGUGAUUUUCAUCCACUUAAGAACUUUAAAAGAUCAAAACUCUGCAGAACAAAGUAUCAGAUAAUCACAGUUUUAAACAUUUUUUAAAUCCUUGCUGGUAAAGUUUGAUAAUUUUAGGUUGUGAGACAUGUGGUCGUAUGUUUUGUUCUCUCAGCGUCGACUAUGAAGCAUAUGAGUUUUACUGUACAUGAUUUACAAACAACUAGGAGGCUUCAUGCAUUAGAACAAUGAUUAGUUGGAUUUUGUGCAGUCUUUAGUUUUGUUUACGGACCUUUUCCACUAAUACCUGCUCGGCUCGGUUUUCAGGGUUUCCCAUUAGGUGGUAGUACCUGGUACCUGCUCCAUUGGGCUUCUGAAUGGUCCUAAAAUGUGACUGCAUGUCAACAGACAGCAUGCAGCAGAUGGGCCAGUCAGUGGCGUCCCUCGAUGUGUCAUGAGAGCAAGUCCUUUACAAAAUUCCAAACCGCCAUUUUUGAAAUCCGGCAGUGAGGGAAAGUGGCUCCACACAAACCAACACCGUGAUCCGGUGAUGAGGUGCAGACACUUGGCAUCGGUUUGGCAGCAGGUAUACCAGCGCUUCGAUAUCCUCCACUGUUGUGCUGUGGCGCAUACGAAUGACAUCACAGGAAUUUUGGCGGUGUUGCCACAGCAACCCCAAGGACACUGAUGCAGUUGUAUUAUAAUAGAAAACGACUGAAACGGAGAGUCGAGCCGAGCAGAUCAGACUGGAUACUUUGUUCUCUCCGAUGACCUGGAGUUUCGCUUGAUUUACACGAACAUGUGAUUUUUAAAGCGUGUUUGACGGGAACUUGUGGCAACAUCGAAAACCUGCAGAGACAAAAAAAAUGUUUUGUUUUGUUUGUUUGUUUGUUUCCCCCAAAAUUGUAGACAGACACUGACUCAUGUUCCUCU